CGCAAAGCUUAAGGGGACGCCAUGUUAUUUGACUGCACUAACAGCACUUGACCAUCCUUUCAUUUAACACAUUACUUGUUGUAUUUUCACUAGUGCAAGAUGGGGAGGCGGUCUAUUUCAACGACAAAGAGUGGGAAGUUUAUGAACCCCACUGAUCAAGCGAGUAAGAUGGCUGAAAAUAUUCUUCCAUCUCCACUCAGUUUCUGUCACCUUGAGUUUUCCAGCUUUCAUUGUACUAAUGGAUUUUGUUAUUUUUUAAAGGGAAAGAAGCAAGAAAAAGAGAGUUGAAGAAGGUAUGUGUGAUGGAUAUCAUAGCCUGUGAUGCUGGUGAUUGAGAAUAUUUGAAUAUUUAUUAGAUGACAGAUUUCGAGAGGUUUAGCCUGCUGCAGCUAUGAAAGUUACGAAUUAGACUACUCAUUUUCAAGUCAUUAGAUUCCAUAAGGAUUAAACUUACCUGAGUUUGUUGUAUCUUCCUCUCAAAACAGUUGUAGGUGUUUGAACAAAUGUGAAAAAUGAGCUGUUUUUUUUCUUUUUUCGAAUAACCAUUUUCUUCUUAGAAAAUCUUGAUUGUUUGACUUUUGUUUCCAUAAUUAUUUCAAUAUAGAUGGAUAAAAAAAUCAGUACUUUUUGUAAGCUGAUCUACAUGUAUGCUUCUACCUAUAUUUCAUAAAUUAACAAUACACAUGUGUGGAUUGUUAAAGACCUAUGCAGCACAUACACAGGUGCAUGUUUCACUUCUAUGCCAAAGAUAUGCAAUAAAAUUUCUGCACAGCCCCAUACUUCAUUAUGCAUUCGGUUCUUGACUAGAGAAAACAAUGCCAAAAACAAUACAUUUCCAUUGGGAAAACAGAUUUGAAUUACACUAGUAUGGGUCUGUGUGGAAAUUUUACCAGAUAUGCUAAGUGUUUUAAAUGUUCUCAACAAAAUUUUGAAAAUCCAUGCUUAAGUACUUUUGCUUUGUUCAAGCUUGGUACUUAUGUUUUUAUGUCCUCUCUGCAGCACCCUGAAGUUCAAAUAGAUUUUAAAUUUCUUUUAGUACUAUAGCAGCCAUUAAACACUGGAUACCAAGCCUCCAAAUUCUAAAACUUAAAACAGGAAGUAAUUCAUGUAUUUGUUUAUUUUCAUACACUAGAAUAAGAAGCAGAGGAAGAUGGUACGGGAAGCUGUGUUAAAAUCCAAGGACCCUCAAAGGAUAUUAGAGGAAAUUGAGAAAAUUGAAACCAUGGGUAAUGUAAUACUUUUGCACCUGGUUCUUUGCAGAACUAAUUUAAAGUAAUAAAUUGAUAGAAUUUUACAGUGCACAUCAAGAGAUAAUGGUCUUGAAAAGCCCUAUGAAUUUACAAAUUAUCAAACAUCACUUUUAACCCUUUAACUCCCAAGAUCUAAUUGUAAAUUCUCCACUCUAGUUGCUACACAUUUCCUUGUACAUAUGUUAUGAGAAUUUGGUGUUACAUCAAUGUAACAACUUCUGUCUGAUAGGUUUGAGUAUUCUCAUCACCUGUUUGCUGAUUAGUGUUCAGAUAUUAUGGGGAGAAGUUACAUGGUAAUCUUUUUUGGGGAUUAAAGGGUUAAAAGUGUACACUGUAUGUCAAUAGUUCCAGUGUCUAAUACUUUAUUAGACAGGUAAUUACCAAUCAGUGAAAAUGUUUUCAAAAAGCCCCUGAAAGAGUUCACAUGGUCCGUACCACACAUUUCAAUUCUAAAACAGCUCUUGGACCAGAGAGGGUUUUGUUUUUGAUCAAGUUAAAAACCACAUUGUUUUCUAGGGUUUGUGGUACUUGAAUGGGGAUGUGAGGGUUGUUGAAAAUUUUAGCUUCCUUAUAUUUGGUGUCCUGAUUCUUGGAAAUGACACCUUUUUGUUUUCAUUAAAACUAACACAAUACAUAUACACCAGUACAAAAAAUCUUGUGAGCAUUCUUCUUUUUUAACAGUUUGUGUAUAAUAAUUUCUUUAAAUUAUUUUUAUGACCUAAAUAAAAUGUAUAUAGUCACUGUGAAAUUAGACAUCAGUAUUUGUGUUUCAGUUCAUUUGCUCAUCUUCAUCUUUAUCUUUCUUUCUUCACAUAGAAAGUCAGUAUUAAUUUUUAACAUUUUCUAUAUUAUUAGAAAUUGAUGCUGGGCCAGUCCCACUUCCCAAUGACAAGGCACUUAAAGAGAAGAAAAGAAAGCUGAAGGAAACACUUGACAGAAUGUUGAAACUAUAUGUGAGUCUUUCUGAAAUUUGUUUUUCUGAUUGUUGUUGACCAUAAUUUUUUACAUUCCUAUGAUGUUAUUGUAUCUGUUUCCUGAAACAUCUUAUUUGUUAUUAAUGAAACUUUUUGUAGGAGAAAGAUGAUCCAUCUCACUCUGGACAAAUGAGGCAGUAAGUAAAAACAAACAAAAAAUGGUCAGUCAAUCUGUGACUUUGGCAAUUGUUGUUUUAUCUGUGGGAAAAGAAUAGGUUCCUUGUUGCCCUAAGUCUGUUCAGUUAUAUUACUGUAAGGGUGAAUGAUGAAAAAUGUAAAAUGUGCAUCAGGCAGUUGACAGACAACUUGAACUCACUUUCUUUAAUGAGAGUGGGCCACUUUGCUUCAAUUCAGUGAUUCAGUGAUACAAUCAUUGAAUGUUCCCACCAGUCAACUAGGGAAGCGAAAAUGUUAGUGUUACUCAGGUUAGGCCACUUAAUGCAUCAGAAGUUGUUCAGCCACCUCUAAUGACUCUUUAAGAUGUCCUGAGAUUUUUUCCAAUUAUAUGCUGCCCUCUAUGAUGUGGGAAAGAAAAUCUCAUGAAACUGCAUCUAAGAUCUUGUGGAAUUUAUGAAACUCAAACUUGUCUUGCAGAUUGAUUGCUGAUAGUGAGAGAAAACGUUUACAGGCUCAAAUGUCUGCUUAUGGUAAUGUGGAUAACUUUUUCAUCCUGAUUUAUAGACUGUAAUUUAUACUUGAUACCAGGAAACUUUAAGAGGGCUUCUUUGUCUGCCAGAGUAGAUCACAUUUUAUAAAUUUUUUCUGCUACCUUGACAUGUAUAUACUGAUACUUGUAUGUUAGUUCAGGCUGUCAAGUUUCUUGAUCUUGUUUUAGCUGCAAACAGGCUUAUCAGUAUCUAUGUGAUAGCCUUUGGUUUUUAAAAUUCUUUUUCAGAGAAUAAAAAAAUAAGCACAAAUGCAGGAUUUUCAUAAUGAGCUGGCAACUGGGGCACUUCACCAUCUACUCUGACUGAUAAAUGUGCCAGCUAUUCUGAAUGCUUGUAGCUCAAACUUUCAGUUUGGAAGUAUUACAUUGUGCUGCCUAUUUUGUAUCACGGUCCCCAUACUCCUAAUCUUUUUGACAAACAGCAAACUGCUAUUGUUGCACAUGCUGAUUCAGCCCCUUGUUUGACAAACUUUACAAUUUUGAUCUUCCUACCAAACACAAAUCUCACCUGUGAUCUUGCUUCAGACCUCAUUUCAGCAUUUCACACAAGAAAUUAAGAAAAGAAAUCUUGAAAUGCUCAAGCACAUUUAAAGAAAACCAGUGGUAAUUGUAAGAUAGACAUGACACUUGUACUGCAAACACAUCCAUCAUUUUAGCAAAAUGGCUCCUAACUGAUUCCCUGUGAUGGUUUAUCUCUGCCUUAAGAUCUUUAUUAAGAACAUCACAUACAUGUGUUUGCCAGAAAAAACAUAAUUUAUUAUCUUUUUCAGAAAUACGACAAAAAGCUCUAGCAGAGGUAGGUGUGGUUACAAUGUACAAUUAAAUAGAGAAUUUAAACUGAAAGAAAAUUGUCAGAUUUAAGAGGAACAAAAGGAGGUCAGUUCAACCUCGACUUGGAAGAGUGCUCAUCAACCAACUUUCUCCCAAGUGUGUAUUUUUGUCCUGUGGGUUGGGAGAAGACUACAUUUUCAUCAGGUCUUCCUUAAUUUUCUGAAUUCACUCAUGGCAAAACACUAGAGGAGAGUGAUUAAAAAAAAAUUAGGGAAAAGGAUAAUGAAGGAUAUAAACUUGAGCUAAAAACCACAGAGGAUUUUUUGUAGAAGAAACAUGUAGAGAAAGACACUAUAAUUGUAUGGCAUGUCUUAAACUCAGGUUUGUGUACCUGGGACAAAAGUGUAUUGAAAAGCUCCAAGAUUUUUCUUCACAUUUUCCUUGAUGUGACACAUGCACAUGUACUCUGUUAUCUUCCAGGAAGCAAGAAUGCCUCCUGACAUCCCUCUGCCACCAAACAUCCCUCUUCCCCAUGCAGGUAGCCCCCAUCAUACUCUCUGUAAAGGAGGAUUCUGAGUUUUUUAAAUGUGUUUGUAGUUAAGAUAAAAGAGAAAUUUUUUUGUCACUCAUGUUAUGUCCACACAGUUGUGUAGUGUGUAUCCAUAUCAUUCCGUCUUUAUUGUUCCUUGACAGGUGGGAGAGGUACUGUUCAUCUGAUUAAUGAUACCGUGCAAUAUAUUUGUAGGGGCACACUGAUUUAUUUUCUAAGUCAUCUCUGUAGCACUGAAUAACUCAACUUUUUCAAAACUGUUAGGAAUGUUAAUGCCAAGUGAUAUCCCUCUUCCUGGACCAUUACCUGGACAACUGUGAGUAGCUGACCAUUGUGGAAUUUUAUGUGGUGUACAUGUAUCUAUUGAAAAUUGAUUUUGUGAUCUGUCAAGAAGAAGUUUUCUUGUAGUACAGUUGUCAAACAGGGUUUUAUAACUAAAACUCAGAGAAAGAGAUCUUUGCAAACUCUAUUUAAUACUCAUAACAAGAGUAAGCUAAUCUUUGGCUAACUCCCCAGAAGUUACAAUUACCCAGUACCCACAGUACAAUUACUGGCAAACAAAUCUUUGCAGCUGUGAAUUACAUGCUAAAAGAUUUUUGUGAGUUUUUUAGAUUCUCUGCUAAUAAAACAUCCUUGUUCUCUUACAUACUUUAGGCCCCUUCCUCCAGGUUUGAUCCCCCCAGGUCCUCCUCCUGGGCCUCCACCAAAACGCCCCUCAGGAAUGAUCCCACCUGGUCCCCCACCAGGACCCCCACCAGGUAUACCACCAGUGAGUGCUCCCCCACCCCUCCCACCUGGAAUAGCACCUGAGGACAUGGAAAGUGGUCAGUAUGAUGAUGAUGAUGACAGUGAAGGGAGCACCAGUGAAUCAGGAGGUGAGGAAGAGGAGUAUGAUCCUGCAGUUCCACUUGGAAGAUUGGAGGGAGAUGCUGGAGAUGGCCAACCACUUGGAGACAGUAGAAACAGCAGAGAUGAUGGCAUGGAUGACAGUGAAGGAGAUAAAGGUUUUUGACAAUAUUUCGAUUAAGCAAAGGCUAAACUCAGAGCUCUAACUACUGCAAUUGAUUUUUACUGGUUUUUGUUUAAUUAAAAUUAACAGUUUGAAAAAAGAGACCAUAAAAUGUUUGCAAAGAUUUAAGUAUGCACAGGUGCAGCCAUCAUGUAAGGUUUUCCUAUGAAAAUGCUUUUUUUUGCAGCCAGCUAGGUUCACCAUGUUUUGUUGGAGUUAUAAGUUCUACAUUGGCUCUGCUAAAAAUCGUUAAAUAUAUUUUAAGCAAAAGAGGAGUUUUAUGGUUUUGCUGUUUGCAGAAAUGGGAGAGCGCCAAAGAACUGUGAGGUUUGCAGAUGAAGUUGAAAAUAGUGGGGGUGAGAGCCAGUCCUCAAAAAGCGCUGGUACCACUUCAAUACAGGACUUUCUUCUUAAAAUGGCAGGCCAACCCCUCCCUGAUAAACCAGUGAGUAGUUUUAAUUUAAGUACUCUGCCAUUACCAGGAACACUCCUUAUGAAAUGUUCUGUUUCUGACUGCUUGUAGGCUUUUAUCUUUUUCAGAUCAUAUUGUCUCCCAUGUGCUGUUUCCAUUCUUGAUUUGAUUUAUACUUUUUAGCAUUGCAACUGUUGGUUCUUGUUUGGAAACCAUUAUGUUAAACACAAACACAAAAAGGCAAAAACUCUGCAGCUAAAAGUUAAUUAAAGGAAUUUUCUGUCUUCAAGGCUCAUUUUUGUAGUGAGCGGUUUCCUGUUAAACUAUCUGUGAUCUUGCACCUUGAAGAGACACAAACUUUUGACCUAAUUUUAUGCCCUUACACAACAGGAAGCAGGCAAUGAAGGAGAUCAAUCCAGAAAAACUAUGACACAAACAGGUCAACCCCAACCUCCAGGGCCACCACCUGGCCCACCUCCUGGACAGCUUCCCCUACCUGGAAGUCAGCAGCCUGGAGGUCUACCUAUUCAGCCAAACUUUCAGAUCAGAGCUCCACCCCCAAGAAUGUUUCCUCCCGGCCCACCACCUGGCAGACCCCCAGGCCCUCCUCCAGGGAUGCCUGGCAUGGUCCCUCCUGGUCCACCCCCAGGGUUACCACCUAAUAUAAUGGCACAUGCUAUGGCACGAGGGCCCAGGCCUCUGAUGCAACAGCCAAUGCCAAUGCCACCUGUGAGACCUGGCAUGCCAAGACCCCCUGGCCCUCCUCCUGGUAUGAUGCCCCCUCCCCCGCAUGGAGCAGUUUUAUCUGCACCCCCAACUUUUAUAAGCAAACCUCCUAUGGCCAACCCAGCUGGAGAAGUUGGAAAAGGUACAUUUUAUUUUUAACAUAGGUUGGAAUAAAUCCAUUGUUUUUACGGCCUUUAUUCAACAGCAUAACAUGCGACCAGUUUCAGAGGUGACACUGACAAGAAAGUGAAUGUUACGUUCAAGAUUCUAGAAGAUAUUUUGAAUAAGCUAUUCGGUCUUAAGACUAAUUGAUGUUUUUAAAUAUGAAGUCGAUGGUAUGGGACGAUAGUGUGUCGCCAUUCCAGUGAAAGCUUAAAUGUCUAAUUUCACGUUGCGGUGAAGUCAUUUUAAUUUAUAACAUGUUCAGAAAUGGACGAUACUCUGGCCAUUGUAAUUUACAACGUUAUGUAAAUUUAGUGUUGUUUGUUUUGGAUGAAAAACGACUGUUCAUGAUUCUUCAAGAACCGAUAUUUAAAUUUAGUAUUGUUUGUUUUGCCCGGCAAAAACGAGUGACUGCUAAUGUUCAUUUUUAGUCAUGGAAGAAUUAAAACUCUAUCUUACAGUCCCGCUUUUUUAAAAAACAGGUGCAACGAUCAGCAAAGAAGCAACAGCAACGAUCAGUGCUAAACCGCAACUGAGGAACACUCAGGCGGAACUAACAAAACUUGUACCUACUGCUCUACGAGUCAAACGAGAACAACCGAAGAGUAAAGCAAAACUUCGGCCACCUGGAGCCGUUCCAGAGACUGUUGAGAGUAUACCGCAACAAGUUUCACAACCAAAGGUUGCCGAAACCGGCACUAAAGACGAUGCGUAUGCGCUUUUUAUGAAAGAAAUGCAAGGACUUUUGUAA